AUGGGCGGGGCCAGCACCGCCUCCGCCUUCCCCCUCUCCCGCCCACCCCCGGCGCCUGCUGUGGGCUCGCAGGAUCGCAGGGCUCACAGCUGGCAGCCUGGCAUCAAGAACCCAUACCGUGGGGUGGUGGUGUGGCCUGUUCCUGAGAACGUGGAGAUCACUGUGACGCUCUUCAAGGAUCCCCACGCUGAAGAGUUUGAAGACAAGGAGUGGACGUUCGUCAUCGAGAACGAAUCUCCCUCGGGCCGCAGGAAAGCUCUGGCCACCAGCAGCAUCAACAUGAAGCAGUAUGCCAGCCCGAUGCCCACCCAGACAGAUGUCAGGCUGAAAUUCAAGCCCUUGUCUAAGAAAGUGGUGUCUGCCACCCUGCAGUUCUCCUUGUCCUGCAUUUUCCUGAGGGAAGGCAAAGCGACGGAUGAAGACAUGCAAAGCCUGGCUAGCUUGAUGAGUAUGAAACAAGCUGAUAUUGGGAAUCUGGAUGAUUUUGAGGAAGACAAUGAAGAAGAUGAAGAAAACAGAGUGAACCAAGAAGAAAAGGCUGCAAAAAUCACAGAAAUUGUAAACCAGUUGAAUGCUCUGAGCAGCUUAGAUGAAGAUGGAGAUGACUGCCUAAGGCCAGCAAAUAUGCCUUCAGCUAAAUCAGCCACUUCCUCGGAAGAGCUUAUCAAUAAGCUUAACUUUCUGGAGGAAGAGGAGCGAGACUUGGCCAACUCCAGCAUGAAUCCCUUUGGGGAUCCUGACACAGGAGAGUUCAAUCCCUUUGGAGACCCUGAUGUGGAAGAAGCAGACAUUGAGGAAGCCUCCUCUUCCAAGCCAGAAGAAAGGUUGUGUGGUGACCAUUACAAUCCCUUCAAGGAUGAAGAUGCCCCAGAGUACUUGAACCCCUUCGAGGAGCCAGACCCUGAGCCCGAGGCCUUGGGGACUGCAAGAGACUCUCCUCCUCAGCCUGCCAAAAGGAAGAACGUCAGACCAGUGGAUAUGAGCAAAUACCUCUAUGCAGAUACCUCUAAAGCUGAGGAGGAAGAGCUAGAUGAAUCAAACCCGUUUUAUGAACCCAAACCAAGCCCUGCUUUCAUUAAAGCUGCUCCACUGCAAGAACCAGAGAAGAAGAUGAAGAGGAAGGCUCCUGACCCACCACAGCUCUUGCCAAAGACAGAGCCAGUGAGCGAGGGCACGGCGGCUGCUCCUGCGCCGAGGGACCUGUCUUCAUCUCCUAAGCCAAGCCCAAUACCAAGUCCUGUGCUGGGGAAGAAGCCAAACGCUAGUCAGUCACUGCUGGUGUGGUGCAAAGAAGUCACCAAAAACUAUAGGGGAGUGAAAAUCACCAAUUUUACCACCUCGUGGAGAAAUGGUUUAUCCUUUUGUGCAAUACUGCAUCACUUUAGACCAGACCUGAUUGACUACAAGUCCCUGAAUCCUCAAGAUAUUAAAGAGAACAACAAAAAGGCGUACGAUGGGUUCGCCAGCUUGGGAAUCUCGCGGCUGCUGGAGCCCUCCGACAUGGUGCUGCUGGCCAUCCCCGACAAGCUCACCGUCAUGACCUAUCUCUACCAAAUCAGGGCACACUUCUGUGGCCAGGAGUUAAACGUGGUCCAGAUCGAGGAGAACAGCAGUAAAAGCACCUACAAAGUGGGUAACUACGAGACGGACCCCAACAGUUCUGUCGACCAGGAGAAGUUCUACGCUGAGCUGAGCGACCUGAAGCGGGAGCCGGAGCUGCACCCCCCGGACGGUGCCUUGGCAGACUUUGCUUCCCAGGACGACUCCGUCUUUGUCAACGACAGCGGCGUGGGCGAGUCCGAGAGCGAGCAUCAGACUCCUGACGACCACCUGAGCCCCAGCACGGCCUCCCCUUCCUCCCGCAGGACUCGGAGCGACACCGAUCCGCAGAAGUCGCAGCAGAGCUCCGGCAGGACCUCUGCCUCUGAGGACGCGGGGAAGGGGAGCGGCGCCGACACGGCGCAAGCACAGCCGGCGCCGGCCAGGAAGAAACUGCUGAUAGCUGACGCGUGGGACCUGAGUGACCUGGCACACGUCAGUGAUCAGAAAGAGGAUGGGUCUCCCACAGUCCCUCGUGAAGAGAAUGACAAGAAGAGGCACCAGAGCUCGGACAGCACCGGGGGCUUCUCGGAGCAGGAACAGCUGAGCCGCCUGGGAGCUGCAGAGAGCACAAGAGCAGAGCCUGCCUCACCUGUCCCAAAGCCCAGUCCAUCUCCCACUUCUCAGCUUGGAUACUCCUAUAAUAAGGACAUGGACCUUGCAAGGAAGCCCCCUGCUUCUCCGAGGCAAGCAGAGUCUGACUCUGACAGCGAGGCCAGGACGGCUCUCUGUCACGCGGAUCAGACUGCAAAAACAGCCCAGCAACGAAUGUUGUCAAGACAGGAGGAGCUCAAGGAGCGAGCGAGAGUCCUGCUGGAGCAAGCAAGAAGAGAUGCAGCUCUGAAGGCAGGGAGCAAGCAGCUGAGCAAUGCCAUCGCCCCAGCCCGUGGCAAGCAGCUGAACGAUCAAGAUGAAGAGCGGCGUCGGCAGCUGAGAGAGAGAGCUCGUCAGCUAAUAGCAGAAGCUCGAUCUGGAGUGAAGAUGUCAGAACUUCCUAGCUACGGGGAGACGGCUGCAGAAAAGUUGAAAGAAAGGUCAAAGGCAUCUGGAGAUGAGGAUGAGGAGGAUGAUAAUAUUGAGAUAGAUACUAACGAGGAGGCUCCUGAAUGCUCUGUUGCUGGAGGUGGAGAUGAGCUUACUAACCUAGAAAAUGACCUUGAUUCCAUGGAACAAAACAGUAAGUUGGUGGAUUUGAAGCUGAAGAAGCUCCUAGAAGCUCAGCCACAGGUGGCAAAUUCACUCUCCAGCGCUGCUCAGAAAGCUGUAACUGAUAGCGCAGAGCAAGAUGUUAAGAAUGGAGCCGAGGAGCAGCGUGCUGAGCGAUUACAAAAAGCAGCGGACCGGUUUCGCAGCCCCGUUGUGUUCGGCAAGGACUCUGCCGUCAGGAAAACCCAGCUCCAGUCCUUCAGUCAGUACGUGGAGAGCAGACCAGAGAUGAAAAGGCAGAGAUCAAUCCAGGAAGAUACAAAGAGAGGAAAUGAGGAGAAGGCUGCGAUAACUGAGACUCAGAGGAAGCCAUCAGAAGAUGAAGUGCUUAAUAAAGGGUUCAAAGACACCAGUCAGUAUGUUGUAGGAGAAUUGGCAGCACUAGAGAAUGAGCAAAAGCAAAUUGACACCCGUGCCGCGCUGGUGGAGAAGCGCCUUCGCUAUCUCAUGGACACAGGAAGGAACACAGAAGAAGAAGAAGCUAUGAUGCAGGAGUGGUUCAUGCUGGUUAAUAAGAAGAAUGCCUUAAUAAGACGGAUGAACCAGCUCUCCCUGCUGGAAAAAGAACAUGACCUGGAAAGGCGCUACGAGCUGCUCAACCGGGAGCUGAGAGCCAUGCUGGCUAUCGAAGACUGGCAGAAGACUGAGGCGCAGAAGAGGCGGGAGCAGCUUCUGCUGGACGAACUCGUUAUUCUCGUUAACAAACGGGACGCGCUGGUCAGGGACCUGGACGCCCAGGAGAAGCAGGCCGAAGAAGAGGAUGAGCAUUUGGAGAGGACCCUCGAGCAAAACAAAGGCAAGAUGGCCAAGAAGGAAGAGAAAUGUGUCCUCCAGUGA